GGCGGGCGGCGGGCGCGGGAUGGCCGCGGCCACCUCCAACCCGUACCUGCCCGGCAGCGGCAUCCUGGCGGCCGGCUCCAUCGUGCACUCGGACUCGGGCGGCGGCGGCGGCGGCGGCGGCGGCGGCAUGCAGCCCGGCAGCGUGGCCGUCACCUCGGUGGCGGGCGGCUACCGCGGCGACCCGGCGGCCAAGAUGGUCCAGAGCGACUUCAUGCCGGGCGCCAUGGCCGCCAGCAACGGCGGCCAUAUGCUGAGCCAUGCCCACCAGUGGGUGACGGCCCUGCCCCACGCCGCCGCCGCCGCCGCCGCCGCCGCCGCCGCCGCCGCCGAGGCCGGCUCGCCGUGGUCCGGCAGCCCCGUGGGCAUGACGGGCAGCCCGCAGCAGCCGCCGCCGCCGCCCGACGUGAAGGGCGGCGGCGGGCGCGACGACCUGCACUCGGGCGCGGCGCUGCACCACCGGCCGCCGCACCUGGGCCCGCCGCACCAGGGGCACCCGGCGGCCUGGGGCGCCACCACGGCCGCGCACCUGCCCUCCAUGGCCGGCGGGCAGCAGCAGCAGCAGUCGCUCAUCUACUCGCAGCCCGGCGGCUUCACGGUGAACGGCAUGCUGAGCCCCCCCCCCGGCGGGCAGAGCCUGGUGCACCCGGGGCUGGUGCGCGGCGACACGCCGGAGCUGGGCGAGCACCCCGGCCACCACCACCACCACCACCACCAGCACCCGCACCACCCGCCGCACCACGGCGCCGUCAACAGCCACGACCCGCACUCGGACGAGGACACGCCGACCUCCGACGACCUGGAGCAGUUCGCCAAGCAGUUCAAGCAGCGGCGGAUAAAGCUGGGCUUCACGCAGGCCGACGUGGGGCUGGCUCUGGGCACCCUCUACGGCAACGUCUUCUCGCAGACCACCAUCUGCCGCUUCGAGGCCCUGCAGCUCAGCUUCAAGAACAUGUGCAAGCUGAAGCCUUUGUUGAACAAGUGGCUGGAGGAAGCCGACUCCUCCACGGGCAGCCCCACCAGCAUCGACAAGAUCGCCGCCCAGGGCAGGAAGAGGAAGAAGAGGACCUCUAUCGAGGUGAGUGUCAAGGGGGCCUUGGAGAGCCACUUUCUGAAAUGCCCCAAGCCCUCCGCCCAGGAGAUUACGAACCUAGCGGACAGCCUGCAGCUGGAGAAGGAGGUGGUCAGGGUUUGGUUUUGCAAUCGGAGGCAGAAAGAGAAAAGGAUGACCCCCCCGGGGAUCCAGCAGCAGACCCCCGACGAUGUCUACUCCCAGGUCGGCACCGUCAACUCCGACACGCCGCCGCCUCACCACGGACUGCAGACGAGCGUGCAGUGAGAGGCGCGGCGGCAAGGGGGCGGCGGGGCCAGCGGCGCCGGCACCGGCACCGGCACCGGCUCCGGCUCCGGCACCGGCACCGCCGCCGGCUCCGGCUCCGGCACCGCCGCUGGCACCGGCACCGGCAGCGCCGCGCACACGCUUGCGCUCACACACACACACACGCGCGCGCACACACACACACGCGAGAUCCAGGCUCGUUCAGACUGCUUGUGUUUAUAUAUAUAUGGAUAGACGCGUGCAUCUAUAUAUAUAUAAGAGCGAUGCCGGUAGGGAGCAGUGGAUGAGGGCGAUCCGAGCGAUAGCGUUUGAUACUGUGUUGGGGGAACGGGGUGGAGAUGCGUAAUGCACCAAAACUGCAGAUGUGUCGGGGGGUCGUUUGUGGGAAGAGGGGGUGGUUGGGUGUUUUUGUUUCUGGUUUUGGUUUUCUUUUUUUAUUUUGAUUUUCUAUUUUUCUCCGAAUUGGCCCCCUCUUGCAGCGGUGAACAGCACUGAUGCCUGCACCUCUUCUCUCCCCUCCUCCCCCCGCACUCUCCCCCCUGUCCCCAAAAGGGCUCUCUUCUAUGAAUCACGGAAACUUUUUUCUCCUUUCCCUCUCUCUCUCUCUCUUUCCUCCCCCCCGCCUUUUUUUUGUUUGUUUUUUUUGAAUGGGAGCAAUCCAAAAAAAAAAAAAAAGGGAAGCAGAAGCAAAAUAAUCUGGUUAAUCACAGGGUGCCUGCUGCAUUCCAGCACCCUGUUUUUCUUGGCCAAACCACACAAUUUUGGUGCACGGUAGACAUCCACUCUGAAAACAUGCAUAUCUAUAUAUCUCUGUAUUCUGCAAAAUGAAAAGGGCCACUUUUUUUUCCCCAGGAAAAAAAAAUAUGCACACAGCACUAAAAACAAGCAGACUGCAUAGGGAAGCAAAUACAUAUAUAUAUAUUUAUCUAUAUAUAUAGGUAUAGCUAUAGAACAAAAAUAUGGAAAUAGAUGCCCGCACACCGAAAGCUGACCCUGAGGAGAAAGGGGGGGAGGGACGGACGCCGGGGAGGGGGGGAGAAGGAGAGGUUGUUGGUCCCUAAAGUUCGAGCUCUGUAGAAGGACUUUGCAUGAAUUAAGGGAACCAGCGAGAGAAAGGGAAAUAAUUUAGGGCUGUCAAAGUCCUGCUCCUGACGGCUGCCAAUCAUCAUGGAAGAGUCAUAAAAAAAAUCCACUGCUAAUAUUUUUUUUAUUAAUAUUUUUAUUUUUUAUUUCUGGACUGAUUCAGAUAAAGGGAUUUAGAAGGACUGAGCAUCUGCAGCUGCACUUAUCUGAACUUCUCCUCUCCUAAAUCCGUUGCCAACUUUGAUUGAAUGGGUGCUGUGGAUGUGAUUAUAUAAUACUGCCAUUUCCAAGCAGUGUUUUUGGUAGGUUUUAAUAAACAGACUUUUCAAAAAGACGGCAAUAUAGAAUUGUUAGAUCCGUUGUUGAUCUAAAAAAAAUUUGCUUUAUAUUUUCAUUAAAUGACUUCUUUUAAUAUUUUAUUCAGAAUACCUAUGAACUGCUGCAAAACGGUAAUUUAUUUUUUCCCCAGAUCUUGUAUUACGUGUUUUUUUCAGACGAGCACAAAUCAAAAUGAAAUGAAAAUAUGGACAGUUGUUAGGUAAUAAGGGUAUCUUUUGAUGUGAUAAUUUGAUUGUAAUUUAAUUUGAGUAGUGAUUCCGUAAGAGCUGAUUGAGAAAAUAAAUUUGUUAGAAUGAAA